AUGUCAAUUGAUAAAGAUGAAAAUGCAUCAUAUCCAAUGGAUAUUCCCCAUGUCACGUCCAUAGACUUACCUUUAAUUGUUAAAAAUACAAAUAGAGCAAUUGAUGCCUUAGGUGGUAAAAAACAAUUAGUUUCUGCUUUCAACGGUAAUGAACCAUUGGAGUUAAAGCUACGAAAAGACAGUUUCCAUCAUCCUGUUCAGGCCAUACAUACAUCGGACGAAAGAAUAUUAUUAAAAAUAUCAAUUCCAAAGAAAUCUGUACCUCAAAAUUAUAAAGAAUUAUCAGUACGACAAUUAAUUGAAAUCAAUGAUGAAGAUAAAACCACUCCAAGGACAAGAAUUCAACCAGUCGGUAUCAUAGAUAAAACUUAUAGUUUCAAACAAAUGGCUGAUUUACAAGUCAGUACCAAAAAUAAUGUAUUAAUUCAAAACUGGAACUCAAAAUUCAACACUAAAAAUUUAAAUCUUGAAGAAAUUAAAAAAGAAGUUGAAGAACAUGGAUCUUAUCAAAACUAUAUCGAUAUAAAUGAUGAAUAUUUUGUAAAUAGAGAUUUAGGUUUAAUUCCUCCACCAGUUUUCCUGGGUAUAAAAUAUCCAUUUGAUUAUAAAUAUAGAAAAUCAGCUAUAACAAAAUCAGUAAUUAAUGAAGAAACAGGAGAAGCUGAACUUCAAAUCACUACACCAAAUACAAAAUUAUAUACUCAACAUAUUGAUUAUAAAUCUGAUAUUCCAAAACAACCAGCUCCUGAAUUAAUCAAGAAUUUAGAAAUAUUGUCGAAAAAGGAAAAGGAAAAGUUACACCCACUUGAGAAAGCAUUACUAGGGGCUAUCGACUGGCUUAAAUCGAUGUAUGAAUUGAAACCAAUUUGGUUACGUAAAGAUUUAGCAUCAUUUGUACCAAAAGAUUUGAGUAAAUCUUUAAAAUUUGCAUAUCCUUAUGUAUCAUAUACUUAUAAAUCAGGACCUUUUAGAUUUUGUGCAAUUAAAUUUGGAGUUAAUCCAAAAAGUGAUAAAGAAUAUUGGUUAUAUCAAAGUGAAUAUUUUAGAGUACUUGAAGCAAAAAAGAAAGAAAUUAAAAAUGAAGAUGAAGAAGAAAGUGUUUUUGAUAAUGAUAGAAUUGUACCUCGAACAUUAAUUGGUGUAACUGAAGAUUAUAAAAUACCUAAAUCAAAUAUUUUUAGUGGUGAAUCAUUACCUUCUACUGUUACUUUUCAAAUUGGUGAUAUUUUAGAUAGUGAUAUAAUUAGUCGAAUUCAAGAAGAUCAGGCUAAUUUAGGUGAUUCAUUUUUUUCAGAUCAAUGUACAUAUCAAGAUGGUUGGAUAAAUAAGAAAACAAUGAGUGUAAUUAGAGCAAUUGUAAGAUAUAAAUUAAAACAAUGGAAUCAUGAUUUACCAAUUGAAGUACAUGAAGUUAGGUAUGAGAUUGAAAGAGCAGAGAAAAAAUGGGAAAGAUCAAUGACUGAAGAAGAGGAAGAUAGAAUGGAUAUAGAUGAAGAAGAAGAACUACAUGAAGAAGACGAAGAAGAACUACAUGAAGAAGAAGAAGAAGAAGAAGAAGAAGAAGAAGAAGAAGAUGGAAUCAAUCAAGAAUUACAUGAUGAUGAGGAAGAAAAUGAAAUUGAACAAGAUGAUGAAGAAAUGGAGGAAAAUGGUCAAGAACAUCCACCUUUGGAUCCCAAAAUGAAUGAACAAGAAGUAUUAACCAAAAUCGAACAAAAGAUCAAUGAUCCCAACAGUAAAUUGUCCAAUCUAGUUGGUGUUUUAAGACAAGCUUCAUUAGAGAAACAUUUACGUAGUUAA